UUUGCUUAAAGAAGUUGAACAUAUUGAACGUUGAAAACAAAAGUGUGAACUUAUAUAAUUUCAAUCAUUAAUUUCACUUUAUUGAUCAAAAGAUUUUAAACAUGAAGAGUGCUUUGUUCGUAUUCGUUGUUAUUGGUCUUGCAUUUGCUGAUGUGUCACAUAUUGUCGAUGACUCAACAACAACAACUACUUAUCCACCAAGGCCAUACCAGUUUUCAUACGAAGCAGGAAGAUACCCUGGACAUGUAGAUCGUACACAUGCUGAAGUAGGCGAUGGUGCUGGAACAGUUCGUGGUGCUUUCAGUUAUGUUGAUCCAAGAAAUCAAGUCAGAACUGUUGAAUACACUGCCGAUGAAAAUGGAUUUUAUCCCCAACUGUCCCAUCAGCCUCAAAACACUAAAGCUGUUGACUUGGCAACAAACCGACACUUAGAGCUUUACAAUAAAAUAGCUGAGAGAAAUUCUGAUCCCAAUUACGUGCAAGGUGGUGGAGUUCCAAAAGAUUCUGAAGCUGUUGCUUACGCAAAACAAAAGCAUUUAUCGUUAUUCGAAAAAAUAGCAGCUGAGCACGCAAGGUUGGGAGAAGAACAAUUGGCACAACGAUUAGCUUUUGAAGCUACAUCAAUUCGAAACGAUGAAGAAUCAAAUUAUAAUCAAUAAAGAAAUUAAUUUUAUGGAUGAUUCUUAUUCAUCGAUAAAUAAUAAAGAGAAAAUAUACAAAAGCAAGAAUUUAUUAUUGUGAUUAUCCUUUAGAUAAAUUUUAUUUUUAUUACUUCUAAAAAUAUUGAAAUUUCUCAUUUGAAAACCUCAAACAAAGAAGGCAAUUCGAAAGCUCUGAAAAUUUUCGUUCCACACCACUACUUUGGUGAAUAUUUGACAAAUAUUGA